AUGCCACAUCUUUGUGCGGUGUAUGGAUGCAGUCAUAAUUCAAAACGUGAGAAGGGACUGUUUAAAUUCUUUCGUUUUCCUUCUGUUAUUUGGAACCAAGGAGAAGAAACAAGAAAAUUAACGGAAGAACGGCGACGAAGAUGGUUGGCGAAUGUUAAUCGCGCAGAUCUCGAUGGCAGAAAGCUCGAUCAUUAUCGCGUUUGCAGCAACCAUUUUAUCUCAGGUAAAACCAAUUUUCAAAUUUUCAAAUUAUCGAAUGACAAGUUCAAAAUUCACUAGCGGCAUUUUCUGUUAAGUUAUCCGUUUGUUUUGUUACAGGGUCCCCAUCGAGUCUGUAUGAUAACACAAACCCUGAUUGGGCACCAUCGCAAAACAUCGGGCAUGAUAAAAUAAAAAAUACUAACCUUGCUUGUGAACGCGAUGCCCGAGCCAAGGAACGUAGUCGGAAACGAAAGAUUGAAGAAGAAGAAGAAAAAGAAGCGGAACAAACAAAGCAAGUGGCGGAAGAAGAGACCGAUGUUCAGCUGUGCGAAGAAUCUCCGGAUGAAUCCGCGAACCAAGCCCAAGGUAAACAAAUAAAUAUCCUUCUUACUUUUUAUUCAGAUCACAAUAUGUAUAAAAAACAGUCACAGUUUCUUAAAUAUAUUUGUAUUUUAUUUACCGCGAAGAAGAAAACACAGUUUGGUUUGUGGACACUUCUGAGUAUUAAAAUUCACUGAAAUCCAUAAGCAAGAUUCUUAUUAAAAUCACUCCUAACUUUAAUGUUACCGGAUACUUCCAGGGAAGUACAGGUUCCGGAUUAAACUGCUUAUAUGCUACAUUAGAUCAUAGUCAGACCUUUGAUUUGACCAAAAAAUAUUAGAAUUUUAACAAAAUUGUCCAUGUAAAGGUAUCGAAGUUCUCAGUAGUUAAUAAAUGCAAUGUUUUUAAACCAUAAACUAUGUUUACAAGUACACAGAUCCAUUUCCUGACACAGACAAUGACAAAGGCUGUCAGUCAAAUGUUACUACAUCAGAUGCACAGUGUCAGACAAGCCUUACAGUGGAGGAUAUGGAAAGGGAAGCAUGUUUUAUUCGAAACUCUACAACAGAACUUAACGAGUUAAAGAAACAACUAUUGAAUAUAGAGAUAUCUCGACAGGCAUUUUCUGAAAAUGAUGAGAAAACUAAGUUUUAUACUGGUAUUCCAAAUUUUGUUUUACUAACUCAUGUCUUUAAUUUAGUUGCCCCACAUGUCAAGCAUACAUCUACCAAUGUCCUCUCGCAGUUUCAAGAAUUUUUAAUUACUUUAAUGAAGCUUAAACUAAACUCUCCCUUUCAAGACUUAGCAUUUCGAUUUGGCAUCUCUGUUUCAACUGUAAGUAGAGUAUUUGACAAGUGGAUUGAUGCUAUGAGUACACGCUUGCAAUUCCUCAUUAUGUGGCCAGCAAGAGAAGAACUAAGAAAAACAACGCCAUUAGCCUUUAAGCGUAACUUUGGUGAUAAAGUGGCUGUGAUAAUUGAUUGCUUCGAAAUAUUUAUUGAAAGGCCGUCAAGCUUAAUAGCUAGAGCAAUGACUUGGUCAAACUACAAGCAUCACAAUACUGUGAAAUUUUUAAUUGGAAUAACCCCUCAAGGAGUCAUAUCCUUUAUAUCUAAGGCAUGGGGAGGAAAGGUAAGUGAUAAACAUGUUACUGAAAACAGUGGUAUACUAAGAAAGCUGCUACCAGGGGACAUUGUUUUAGCUGAUAGAGGCUUUGACAUUGCAGACAGUGUUGGAUUCUACCAGGCAAAGCUGUAUAUCCCAGCAUUCACUAAAGGUAAAAAACAAUUAUCUGCACAAGAGGUGGAAGAAACAAGAAAAAUAGCUAAUGUCAGAAUUCAUGUUGAACGAGUUAUCGGACUAGUUAGAAGAAAGUACCCAAUGUUGCAGAGCAUACUGCCUACAGAGUUGCUGAAAGUAAAGGCAGGCGAUUCUCUUGCACCCAUUGACAAGAUUGCUAGGGUUUGUUGUUCACUGACUAAUUUGUCAGAUUCAAUAGUACCAUUUGAUUGA